GCUGUUCGGGGUGGGGGGAACGCAGGGACCCCCCCCCCCCCCGACCCCCGCGGCGCUCGGAGCCGCCCCGAGGCGCGGGGAUGGGCGGGGGCGGGCGCAGCGGCGGCGGCGGCGGCGGCGGCAGCGGCACAUCCUUCCCCCGCGCCCCCCCUCCUCCCUCCUCCCCCCCCUCGGCUUCAAAACAAACCGUCACCAAAAUGGUGCAGAGGUGAAGGAGGGAGCCGGGAGGAAGGGGAAGAGGUGGCGGCUCGGCCUGGGCGCUGCGGGGACAGGUGCUGGGGGUGAGGCUGCAGCUUGGGAGCUCGCGGUGCGUUUGAAGAGAGGCUGCUGGCCUCUGUGCCUCAGUUUCCCUUUUGUUCGGCGCCGUUCCCCUCACGGCAGUGUGCUGUGGUGAUGGGCUCUGCACAAGUGCCAGAUGCUUGUGACCACCAGUAGAUGACCAGCACAAGGCCAGCUGAAGCCGCUGGGCUUUGCCCCAUGGGUCUCCUCCCAUCUCCCAGUGUUGCAUUGAGGAGCGGUGGCUGCAGCUCAUCCCUGCCAGGAGCAGAAGAUGCAGGAGGCUGCGUAGCAGGUUUCUGAGCAGCUGCUGACCUCUCAGCCCUGCUGGAUCUGGCCACACGUGACGGUACCAUGAACUGAGCACGGAGCCGCACCAAACUCUUUUUUUUUUUUUUUUUUUUGUUUUGGCUUUUUUUGGGUUUGUUUUCCGGCCGAGAAAAAAAAGCCCCCCACGCUCUUUAAUGAAAGCAUUCUAAAGCGGGGUUGCUGCUCCCCUCCCCUGAGCCGAAGCGGUGCCGGCUGUGGCGAGGAUUUCCCGAGAAGAUGGGGAGGAAAAAGAUCCAGAUCCAGCGGAUCACGGACGAGCGCAACCGGCAGGUGACCUUCACCAAGCGCAAGUUCGGCUUGAUGAAGAAAGCCUACGAGCUGAGCGUCCUGUGCGACUGCGAGAUCGCCCUCAUCAUCUUCAACCACUCCAACAAGCUGUUCCAGUAUGCCAGCACCGACAUGGACAAGGUGCUGCUCAAGUACACCGAGUACAACGAGCCCCACGAGAGCCGGACCAACGCCGACAUCAUCGAGACGUUAAGAAAGAAAGGUUUUAACGGCUGUGACAGCCCAGAGCCCGACGGCGACGACUCCAUAGACCAGAGCCCCUUGAUGGAGGAUAAAUACCGCAAAGGCAGCGAGGAUCUGGAUAUCCUGUUCAAGAGAUAUGGUUCCACAGUGCCCGCUCCGAACUUCGCCAUGCCCGUGACGGUGCCGGUGACCAACCAGAACACGCUGCAGUUCAGCAACCCGGGCAGCUCGCUGGUGACCCAGUCCCUCGUCACCUCCUCGCUGACAGACCCCCGGCUCCUGUCCCCGCAGCAGCCAGCCUUGCAGAGGAACACGGUGUCCCCAGGGCUGCCCCAGAGGCCAGCCAGUGCAGGGGCGAUGCUUGGGGGAGAUCUGAACAACACAAAUGGAGCCUGCCCGAGCCCCGUGGGGCUGGCCGGAUCCAUGCUGGGUGGACAUGGCAAUGACAGCAGCAAUGACAGCCCAAGGCCACCCAUCUUUGGGGGAAACGGCUACGUGAGUGCCAGGGCCUCUCCGGGUCUCCUCCCCGUGUCCAACGGCAGCAGCCUGGGCAAGAUCAUCCCGGCCAAGUCGCCGCCGCCGCCGUCGCACGGCGCGCAGCUGGCGGCCAACAGCCGCAAGCCCGACCUGCGCGUCAUCACCUCGCAGGGGGGAAAGGGGCUCAUGCACCACCUGACCGAGGACCACCUGGCUCUGCAGAACACACAGCGCCUGGGUGUCUCCCAAGCAACUCACUCUCUGACCACACCAGUUGUUUCUGUGGCGACUCCGAGUUUGCUGACACAGGGGCUGCCCUUCUCAGCCAUGCCCACAGCAUACAACACAGAUUAUCAGCUGACAAGCGCUGAGCUCUCCUCGCUGCCAGCCUUCAGCUCACCUGGAGGGCUGUCCCUUGGCAACAUCUCUGCCUGGCAGCAGCAGCAACAGCAGCAACAGCAGCAGCAGCAGCAGCAGCAACAGCAGCAGCAGCAGCAGCAACAACAACAGCAGCAGCAGCAGCAGCCGCAGCAGCAGCCGCAGCAGCAGCACCUGGUCCCGGUGUCACUAGGAAACUUAAUACAAGGGAGCCACUUAUCCCACACCACCACUUUGACUGUCAACACCAACCCCAACAUCAGCAUCAAGUCCGAGCCCGUCUCGCCCAACCGGGAGAGGAACACUGCCACCCCGCUCAGCACCUUCCCCCACCAGCCCCGGCACGAGCCCACCGGCCGCUCGCCCGUCGACAGCCUCAGCAGCAACACCAGCUCCUACGAGGGCAGCAGCGAGCGGGACGACCCCGCCCGCCCCGAUUUUGGCUCCUCCCUGGGCCUCCUUCGACCCGGCAGCGAGCCCGAGGGGGAGAGCCCCUCCGUAAAGCGCAUGCGGUUGGAUACCUGGGUCACAUAACGGGGUCCCCGCCAUCCCUGGGAGCUCCUGGAGGGGCUGGGAAGGGAGGGGGAGGGUGAAACGGGUGAUGGGGAUGGGGCUGGGGGUGGUGGUGGUUGGGGGGGGGGGGGAAUUAUCAUAAACUGCCUGAGAAAUAGCUUUAGGAUUUUGUAGGCAUUCAUUCUAGCGCAGCAGGCGACGCAUGCAGCACAAACGGCGCUGGGGAGCGGCCCGGGGUGUGGGGAUGGGGGGCUGGAGUGGGAUGGUGUCCUCACCAAAACCAGCAGCCCCUAGGGAUGCUCCACACUGGCCGGCAGGACCCUCCUGGGGAGUGGGAAUGUAGCCCUGAGGCAGAGCAGCUGCGGCAGGAUGGGAGACAGAGCACCCCAAAAUGCUCCUUCCUGGCCAUUCCCCUGGGUCCCUGUGCAGGGAGGGGCAGGUCAGACAUGAGCCAGCUCUCUGGGAGCUCGAAGGGCUUUGCUAGGCACAGGUUUUCCUCCAGAAGGGUUUUCCUAAACCAGGAAAGGGAGGUGGAGAGCAGCUCGGGGAUGCAGCCACAUCCACAGCCUGCUUGGGGCUCCUGGAAUUGGGAAGCUGCAUCAGGAGUAAGAGGCAGAUUUUUAAGGCUCAAUCCCGUUUGCAUGACAAGUGGAAGCAGACAGCAUCCUUCCUCCCUGAGCAGGGAACUCCACUGUUCCUGACCAGGGUCACUGGAACACUGGAGUUCUCUUUCCCUCACCUCCACCUGGGCACAGCAGGUGUGUGGAGAGGAGAUCUUAGUGCUGGUUUUGAGAGCAAGUUGUGGAUUUUACCAAACAAAGUCCAUCAAAGCAUUUUAGAAAUGGGUUCCCAUUGCACAUGGGCCAAAGCUUUAAAUGAGGAAAUUGGGUAGAAAUGUAUUUUUUUACUGAAAGAUGCAACUGAAGUCAUGAUCUUAAUGAGAUUUUGCCUGAAGGUUUCUAGGCCUCAAAAGGCAACAGUGAGCUGUGCAGAAAAUCUCCUUGAGCCUUGAGCAGUGAUUUAGUGGAAGGGAAAAGGAAAUACCGAGGAAUUUCCUCAUGUUGCCACUUGCUCUGGCAGUUUCCCAGGGAUGGCUGUUGGUGCCCUGAUCCCAAAAAUGCAUCAACCUGCUCAUGGCUGGAGGGUUUGGAGGAGAAGGGGCCGUUCCUGCCUGGCACAGCCAUUAGGGAUGGGCUUUCUCCCUGCAGGUGCUCGUGCUGGUCCCCCAAUCCCUCCCAGCCUGCUGCCCUGUCCCCCUGUGCAGGGCCACCCCAGCCCCAUUCACCCCUGGGCUCGCAGUCCCAAACUGGCACAAAACCUGCCUGGGUGCCACCUUUGCCAGCUGGAGCUUGGCCAGCCUUGGGGGGCUGUGGAGGAGCUGCCUGGGGUUCAGCUCAACCCUGAGACAGAGCAAAGGGAGAGGAGCUGAGUCAGGGUGGGGUUUAUGCCCCUCCUGGAUCCCUCUGCUGGGUGAGCUCAGCCUUGGGAUGGCAUAAAAACGUCCCAGGAUGAGGGGUUUUACAAACUUUUCCCAACCAAGCAUUUAUCACAAAGUUUCUAAUUGGAAAAAAGAACCCAAGGAAAAAAAAAAGUGCUGAUGAGUAUUGUGCAAUGAAUGGGGAGUGCUUGGAGGAGGAGAGGAAACCCUUCAGGAGCUGGGUGAGAAUCAGGAGCUGGUUUUGUGUGGACACCUGGUGAAGGGGUCAGGGUGGGUGCUCAGCAGUGCUGGCGUUCUGGGUACCCUCACCACCAUCCCUGCUCGUGGAUCAAGGCACGGAGAGAUGUGCCAGAUCAAACCCCCCCCUCCAGACCUCGAAAGACCCAAUUCCUGCCUCAAAGGCUUUUCCACCCAAACGACAGCUUUACCCUUUUCCAACCAUACAUUUGGAAUUCCCUCUCCUGCUCCCGUGCUCCGGGAAGGCUUUGGGUGGGCAAGAGGAGGAAAUCCCUGGCAGGUUUUGUGCAGUUGAACCCCCCCCGUGCCCCCUCCCAAGCCAACCCAGCGGGUGCCAGGGACAGGCUCGGCUCUCACCUCUGGAAUGUCGGCGUCGGAAGCGGAUCUGCCUCCCUCCCUCCCUCCCUCAUCCCUGCCAGUCCUUGGGGAAGCAGGAGAGAUGCUGUGGACCGUGGUCUUCCUCGCCACGCCGGACGUACCUGGACGCGCACCUGAGCUCUUUGCACGGCCUUGCUUUGGAAAUUAGGCGGGAUAAUGACGUCUCAUCGCUCUCAGUUUUUUUUGUAUUUUUAUUUUCUUCUUCUUCUUCAUGAAAAACAAACUCAACCCAGCAAACCGGGGUCUGCCCCAGCGGGAGCAGCGUGGCAGGAGGGCCCAGCAGAGCCUCCAGAGACCCCGGGACGAGGUGACAGCAGAGACCCCCCGGCACUCGACGCCGUCGGUGCGGAGCAACCGUCAGGAGUGGGGGGAAAACAAACCAAAAAAAACCCCAUUUUUGCUCAUUAACUUCACGCCCUGACUCCCAAUUUCACUCUUCUGCCUGGAAGCUGAGAGGCUGGAAACCACAAAACGCAAGAGACAAAAAACUCUGCGUUAGGCAGAUGCAGGUUCAGAUCUGCCUGGCGGGGAAGGCGCCGGAGCGGAGCUGCGGCCGCGGCACUCGACGAUCCCUGGGCUGGUGCCAGGGGCAGGUACAGCCCUGGGCUGGUGCUCUGGGCUGGUGGCACGGGCAGGAGCAGCUCUGAGCUGGUACCAGGGGUCGGUACAGCUCUGAGCUGGUGCUCUGGGCUGGUGCCAUGGUCAGGUACAGCUCUAGGCUGGUGCCAGGGGCAGGUGCAGCUCUGAGCUGGUGCUCUGGGCUGGUGCCAUGGUCAGGUACAGCUCUAGGCUGGUGCCAGGGGCAGGGACAGCUCUGAGCUGGUACCAAGGGCACGUACAGCUCUGAGCUGGUGCCAGGGGCAGGUACAGCUCUGAGCUGGUGCCAGGGGCUGGUACAGCCCUGAGCUGGUGCCAGGGGCAGGUACAGCCCUGGGCUGGUGCCACAGCUCAUGGGGAGGUGGGAGUGCCCGGGUCAGGCACGGCGUUGGCUUCACGUCGCAGUGAAAGGGGUUUGGGGGCUGUUUGUCGGGGUCUUUGUUGGGGGCUUGGGGUUAUUUUAUUAUUAUAUUCUAUUUUUUUUUUUUGUUGUCCGGGUCAUUAUCCUUUAUUUCCCCCUCCAGACUGUAGUAUCUGGUAAACUCCUCCUAAUUUUCAAAAGACAACGAGAAGAAUGACAAUCUAAGAAACCAACACCCUCCUUUGUGCUUCUAUAAAUAUGUUUCUGAUCUAAUUUUAUUUCUCGUGCUCAUCUGUACUGUUGACAGUUACAAUUGUGUAUAAUUUUUUUUUUUUAAUUUGGAAUUUUUGCGUUGUAUAGGGUUUAGUUUUAAAAUAUAUAUAUAUUUUCCAUUUUUUAAAAAGGGGUGUUGCAAAAAAAAAUUGCACGAUUUAAAUGACAAUAGUUAAAAUGCUGCAGUUUUUAGAGAUGUGGAAGCAAAAUGGAGCUUAUUUAUUCUCAAAGGCUAUAAAGGUGUAAAAUGCAUGAAGAAAAAAAACAUUUACAAAAAAAAAAAAAGACAAAAAAAGUGUAACCUGAACAAAGUGUAGCGUUAAAGAUUUUAAAGGAUGACAACAACAAGAAAAAAAGAAAAAAACCAACAAAAAAACAGCUAAUAUAUUGUGUUUGGGCUAGUUUGCUUUUGUUUUUAAUUGUUCCUUUUUUGGAGAAUGAAAUACAUUUGUGUAUAUUUUCAUAUAAGAAGUAUGCACUGAGAUGUUUCCAAACUGAUAUAUUCCUUUCUAAACGUGUGGUUACUUACCAAAGUCUGUUUCUGAUCUUUACCUUCUAAACUCUCUGUGGAUCCUCCAGCCCGCACCUGAGCGCAGGUAAGGCGGGGUGCCAGGGGUGCCAGGGGGCUGAGCCGGGGGGGGGCUGGCACACGUGGGGGCUGUGACCCCCGGCCUGGGGAGGCUGGUCUUUCCCAGGGCUUGGCAGAGCUGUUUUUUUGGGGUGUUUGUGCCCGUUUUUUGGGGUGUCCGUGCCCGUUUUUGGGGUGUCCGUGCCGCGGUGGGGCUGGCUGGGGUGGGCUGGUGCCAGGGGCAGCGUGGUGAGGGCAGGCGCAGAGCGGGGGGUUCACCCCCGGAGCUGUGCCCAGCGUGUGCAGAGUUUGGUGCAGAGAGGAGGAGGAUGGAAGGGAGGAAGGUCACAGGGUGUGGCUCAGGUGACGCAGCUGCAGGAGCAAGGAUGGGGUGGAAAGUCACCUGCCCAGCCCUGGAGGAGAUUCGGGGAUGGAGCAGGGCCCUAAAUGAUGGAUAGAGCCUAAAAUGGUGGGAAGGGCACUAAAAGGGGCCUGAAACACUGCCUGGGUGCAGUGAGGGUGGUGGUGGGUCAGUGGGGGUGGUCCUGCCCGCUCUGGGGGCUGUGGACGUGGUCAGCUGGGCUUGGAUGGUCAGCUGAGGUUGGAUGGUCAGCUGGGGUUGGAUGGUCAGCUGGGGUUGGAUGGUCAGCUGAGGUUGGAUGGUCAGCUGGGGUUGGAUGGUCAGCUGAGGUUGGAUGGUCAGCUGGGGUUGGAUGGUCAGCUGGACUUGAGUGGUCAGCUGAGGUUUGAUGGUCAGCUGAGGUUGGAUGGUCAGCUGGGGUAGGAUGGUCAGCUGGAUUCAGGUGGUCCACUGGAGUUGGAUGGUCAGCUGGGGUUUGAUGGUCAUCUGUGCUUGGAUGGUCAGCUGAGGUUGGAUGGUCAGCUGGAGUUUGAUGGUCAGCUGGGCUUGGAUGGUCAGCUGGGUUCAGGUGGUCAGCUGGAUACAAGUGGUCCACUAGAGUUGGAUGAUCAGCUGGGGUUUGAUGGUCACCUGAGGUUGGAUGGCCAGCUGGGCUUGGAUGGUCAGCUGGGCUUGAGUGGUCAGCUGGAGUUUGAUGGUCAGCUGGGUUGGAUGGUCAGCUGGGGUUUGAUGGUCACCUGAGGUUGGAUGGUCAGCUGGGUUUGAUGGUCAGCUGGAGUUGGAUGGUCAGCUGGAGUUUGAUGGUCAGCUAGUGCCAAUCGUUCUUUGACGAGAAUGUGGGCAGGGAUCCAUCCCAUCAAAGAUCAAAGGAGGUCCCUGCAAGCUAGGGUUGGAUGGUCAGCUGGGGUCAAGUGGUCAGUUGGGUUGGAUGGUCAUCUGGGUUCAGGUGGUCAGCACAGGGACAGGGUGACCCCUGCUCAGGGGUUUUCAGGCUGGCAGAGCCUGGCUGUGCAGGAGGUUGGGAUGAGGGGCUGGGUGCUGGGGGCAGGCUGGCAGUGCUUGUGGUGCUGUCAGGGGCACCCGAGCCCCCGCGGGGGUCGUGGCUGUGGCAGGGAGACUCUGGGGGUCCCUUGGGGAGGGGGUUGUUGCUGUGGGGUGGUUGAGGCCCCUGCCAGGGCUGGGGUCUGGGGGCAGUGGAAGUGUUAAAUCCAGAGCUGGUGGUGAUGGGCCACGUGUGGGCCUGGGGUAAACUGGGGCAAAGAGAAAGAACACGUUUCCUUUUCCUUCUCCCUUUUUCACUUCCCUCUUCCUCUCCAGAAUAACUUCAGCAAACUGAGGAAAAAGCAAAUUCACAAAAACCCCCCACCUUUUCCUUGAGAAUUUCACUUUUUACACUUUUUUCCUCCCCUUGUGUUGCUCGGUUGGGGGAUCCCCCCCAUCCCUUUGGGUGUCAGUUGGGAUGUUUGUCACCAGUUCUGGGGACAGGGCUGUGAGCUGCUGCUGCCAGAGCUUGGCUGGGGGUGAGGGGCACUUGGUGCUCUGGGGGUCCCCUCUGCCCUCCUCGGGGGAGCAUCCCUCAGGAGGGGAAGGAGCAUCUUCCCAGCCACUCCUCAGCUCUGGCUGCCACAUCCUGCCUCCCACCUCUCCGGCUGGGGGCACAAUUUGGGGAUGUCUGGGGGAUUUUCACCACCCAAAGUGGGGAAAAUUCAUCCCCAUCCGCCUCUCCCUGAGCUGUGGGAGGGUGUCUAACAGUGGGCUUCAGCUGAAGGUUUGCUCUGGUUUCCCUUACCCGUGUUCAUCCUUUUAUUCCACCUUCACUUUUAUCUUUUUGGGUUUUUUUUCUCUUUUCCUUUCCACAAAAAAACCCAAGCAGACCCAUAAACCAAGUAUUAUGUUUUCACUACCUCCAUCCAUCACCCUUCCUUGUCCAAUGCAGGAAGCCACACUCGGGAUGUAAGAGGGCCUUUCCCCCUUUAUUUUCCCCUUUCCCCUGGUGAUUUUCUCUCCCUUCUGUCCCUCUGCCCCUCCUCUCUCUGGUCUCUCACCUGUAGUAUUUUACCUGGCUACUGUAACUGUAAAUAGCGAGUUUCAAUCUGUUAGCAAUGGUAACAGUACAGAAAACUGGUUUUGGUUUUCUUUUUCUUUUUUUUUUUUUUUGGUUGUAUUGAUAUGAAAUGAGAUUAUAUUUUUGUCAGAGUAUAUUGUAAUAAUACUGACUUUGGACAUGGCCGAGUUGUACAGCGAUUUCUUGUUUAACCCUCUUGGCUCUUCCCGUGCACCCCUCCCCGGCCUCCCUGCUCCCCAAAUUUCCAUGUCCCGCAUCCUGGGCAGGAGCAGCCCCUUGGAAAUUUGCAGUUCCAGGGCUGCUUUUCCACAGGGUUCCCAACACGCCGGCGUGUCCCCCUGGCUCCGGGGAGCCUGCAACACCCGGGGGUGAUUUAGCGAGCCUUGGAGAUGGGGAGGAGCCGGCUGAGCAUCCACAGGGAUGCUCUGGAUCUCUGCCACGCUCCGGGCAGGAAUUCAGGACCCUGGAGCAGUGAGCAGGCUCCUUCCACUCCCCUCUCCUCCCUGGCCAGGGGAAAACCCCGGUUCCUUCCCAGCUCCGUUCUCUGGAGCUGUUUGGGAUGUGCUUGACUUGAGCCAGAAGAGGGUGGUGUGGCUCAGGCUGCGCCAGGAGCGGCUCCAGACGGGCUGGGAGGUUUUUGGGGAGUGAGGAUUGACUAUCCCCUAAAAUGGGAAGGUUUUUGGGGACUGAGGAUUGAGAUAUCCCCCAGGCUGGGAGGUUUUUGCGAGUGAGGAUUGAGAUAUCCCCUAAAAUGGGAAGGUUUUGGGGAGUGAGGAUUGAGAUAUCCCCCAGGCUGGGAAGGUUUUUGGGGAGUGAGGAUUGACUAUCCCCUAAAAUGGGAAGGUUUUGGGGACUGAGGAUUGAGAUAUCCCCCAGGCUGGGAAGGUUUUUGGGGACUGAAGGAUUGGCAAUAUCCCCUAUGAUGGGAAAGCUUUGGGGGAACUGAGGGAUUUGUAAUAUCCCCUAGGAUGGGAAGGUUUUCAGAACUGAGGGAUUCACAAUGUCCCCCAGGCUGGGAAGGUUUUUUGGAACUGAGGAAUUGAAAAUAUCCCCUAAAAUGGGAAGGUUUGGGGGGAACUGAGGGAUUGACAUUGUCCUCCAGGCUGUGAGGGUUUUUUGGAACUGGGAUUGACAAUAUCCCCUAAAAUGGGAAGGUUUUCAGGAACUGGGAUUUGCAAUAUCCCCUCACCCUGGGAAGGUUUUUUGGAACUGAGGGGUUGAAAUAUCCCGCAGACUGGGAAGGUUUUUUGGGACUGAAGGAUUUGCAAUAUCCCCCAGACUCAGAAGGUUUUUGGGACUGAAGCAUUUGCAAUAUCCCCCAGACUGGGAAGGUUUUUUGGGACUGAAGGAUUUGCAAUAUCCCCCAGACUGGGAAGGUUUUUGGGACUGAGGGGUUGAAAUAUCCCCCAGACUGGGAAGGUUUUUUGGGACUGAAGGAUUUGCAAUGUCCCCCAGACUGGGAAGGUUUUUUGGGACUGAAGGAUUUGCAAUGUCCCCAUCCCUGGGUGGGGAUGGGUGGCUGUGUCUCCCCCCUGCCCCCCACAUCCACCCCGGGCCAGGGGGAGCCCCAGCAUCGUGCUGGGGGGGUCAGAGAGGGAUUUCUUCACUUCAGGUGGGUUUUCAGUGAGGUUUUCGUGCUGGUGCCCCUGAGACUGGCCCUGCUCCCUCCUCUCCAGGCCUGCACCCACCUCAGGCUGCAGGAACACCCCCAGCCGCUCUCCUGUGACCACGCUGGGCUGUCCCCAGGGGCUGCUGGCAUCCCCAAGGCCGAGGGGUGCAGCAGCCCACCCUGGGCCACGACUCCCCUCCUGCCCAGGGCUCUUCCCAAGCAUUUGCAGGCAGAUGAGGUGCUGGAGAAGUGGUGACCCAGCUGCUGCUCGCUCUGCUGUCCCCCAGAGCCCCCGGGGCAGCUCCUGCUUCUCCCCCAUCCCCUUUGCUCCCCGUAGCUCAGUUAAGCAGGUAGGUGUUAGCAAACUCUG